AUGGCUACCUCCAGCGAAGUUGACAAAGUGAUGGAAGCCUUGACAAAGUAUCCUUUUCUGCCCCCGAUUGGAGAAGGGACGACAAGACAAUUAGAGGCAGCAAAAGAGAAAAGUAUGGAGGUGCAAAAGAAGCUUCUGAGGCACAGAAGGAGUAAAGAUCAACGAAGAAGGCUCCCUAUGAUUCUGGUGUCUAGAGCAAAGGAGGCUUACAGACAGAGCAAAGAGACACAGAGAGAGUGCAUUCCAUCACCAGAGCCAGAGUUUCCACCUUCUAUGCUCAGUGAGAAGAGGAGAGAAAUGAUGAAUUAUAUGUUCCUGAAGCAACGUGUAGGGAGUGGCCCAUUUGCUCCAAUCCAGAGGCAGUGGCUGGAUUCCAUUGUUGCACGACUCCUGCCUGAACUUAAAGACAGUCCUGAGAAAAAUAGACUACUACAGGACCUCUGCCUGGAAGUCAGUGACGGCUUCCGUGACACAAUUAUCAAUCACACAGUGAGCACUGUGUUGAAGGAUCCAUCACUAAAAGGUUCAGAACACCAGAAAGAUACUCGACAAAAAGUCCUUGAUUUCUCCCAAGUGUGGCACCAAAGCUUUAUCAUAAGCCACAAACAGAUGCAAAAAAAUUUACACAUUCUCCAUCCAGUAAUGCAAACCAUCUUGGAAAUUAGCUACACAACGUUUUCUCCAAUGAUCUUGGUUGAUCUUUCAGGAUGCAGGGCUUCAGGGCCUGUCGACUGUAAGAGCUUACAGAAUAAAAUGGCAGUAGAAUGCAAGAGGGCAGAAGAUCGUAUCAUGAAUACCUGGUUUCCUAAAGUCAUCCACUUGCUAACAAAUAAAGAGACAGUAAAGGGUUUGAAAGAAGACAAACUGGACUCUUUCUACAACUGUGCAUCCACCCUUAUGUCCAAUCAGCUGAAAUCUCUGCUUCACACAAGCGUAGAGGAGUUUGUCAGUUUCUUUGAUCCAAACAGUCACCACCGCUUGCCCCUCUUCCGUAUGUCCCUGACAUUUGAUGAUGAAAAGAUGGAAAUUUACCCCACCUUACAAGAUCUUGAAGCAGCCAUUUUUGACAUUCUUAAUGCUAUCACAAAUACAUUGCAGAAAGUCCAGACAGUCCAGUCGUGGUUGGUUCAAGCCACAUCUUCAUUUGUGGAUGCCAAAGUUGCUGAUCAUGUGCAGGCUUGGGCUCAGCUCACAGUAAAGACUGCUGUACAGAGGAAUCUAGAGGAACCUGACAAACAUUUCCAGAAUUACGUUGACAAGUAUGACUGGCUUGUCAAUGGAACCGCACAGACACGAGUGGAGAAAUUCAUGGAGGAGGAACAUUCUUUUACUGAAUACAAAGAGCAAGUGGAGGAGUUUCGUGUUCUGUCAAAAGAGAUUAUCAGCCUCCCAGCAAAAGCCCACUUCACAAUGGUCCAUCUGGACUGUGAAGAGCUAAAACAUGGGCUGGCCAACAAAGCCAAAAACUUUGCUGAAAUACUUCUGAAGAAAUUGGUCACCAGCCAUCGCAAGCAAAAUCUACAGAUCUGCUCUGAAUUUGACAUUAUCAGAAAGGAUGCCCUAAAAGUGCCAGCGAACACAGAGGAAAUCACUCAAAUGAUUGAUUACAUAAAUUUGACCAAAACAAAGGGUAUUCCAGACCUUCAGAAAAAAUGUAUGGAAUCUCAUGACAGACUAACCUACCUCCUGGAUGUCCAAAUAUUUGAGGCAGAGGAUCUGAAACUUAAUUCAGAAGUUUUUCUCUGGCCACAGAAUGUCCUGGAUGUCUUCAAAAUGAGUGAUGAGGUGAUUGAAACAGCCAAGGAGAAAGGGGAGCAGGAGCUGAUUGCUAAAAGAGAAAAACUGAUGGUAGAGCUGGCAAAGUUGGGACACCGGGUAGAGGAUUACCCAGAAUGUUCUGAGCUGAAUUUGAUGCAGCAGUAUGUGGCAGAUAUCAGAACAGUUCAGAAACUGCUCAGAGAUGCUGAGGAAACAAUUGAAUUCAUCAACAAAGAAGAAGCCCUCUACAAGUGGGAGCAAACAUCUUAUCCAGAAGUUGCUGUCAUCAGAGAGAGUAUUGAGCCUUACCAGAAACUGUUUGGACUUGUGCUGAAGUGGCAGCGUGCAGAGACAAGAUGGAUGGAUGGUUCCUUCCAGACCCUAGAUGGUGAGAGUAUGGAAGUAGAAGUGGAUGAGUUCUUUAGGGAUAUUUUCAAGAUGUUGAAGUUUUUCCAGCAAAAACAAAACAAGGCUGAGCAAGAGAAGGAGAAGGCUGGUGGGAAACUUAAGCAUCAGACUGGUGAGGACGAUCCAAGCACAAAGGAGAGCCCCACAAUAUCUUUGUGCUCCACUGUAAUGCAGGAGAUCAAGGAUUUCAAGGAACAUAUUCCUCUGGUGUCCAUCUUGUGUAAUCCAGGCAUCAGAGGGCGCCACUGGGACCAGAUGUCUGAAACAGUGGGGUAUGACCUCACUCCUGACUCUGGUACAACACUACGGAAGGUUCUUAAACAAGACCUGAGUCUCUACUUGGAGGCGUUUGAGACGAUCAGUGCUGCUGCUAGUAAAGAGUUUUCCCUGGAGAAAUCUAUGCAAACCAUGGUCAGUAUAUGGGAUGGCAUUUCUUUCAACCAUCAGCCUUACAGGGAAACAGGAGUGUCCAUCCUCCAUGCACUGGAUGAGAUUCAAACGAUGCUUGAUGACCAGAUUGUGAAGACUCAGACCAUGAGGGGUUCACCAUUCAUUAAACCUUUUGAGAAUGAGAUAAAGCAAUGGGAGGAGCGUCUGCUUCGCAUUCAGGAAACCAUAGAUGAGUGGCUAAAGGUACAGGCACAGUGGCUUUACCUGGAGCCCAUCUUCUCCUCUCAGGACAUCAUGCAGCAGAUUCCAGAAGAAGGCCGACUUUUUCAAACUGUAGACAAAAUCUGGAAAGAUGUCAUGAGACACUGCAUUAAAGACCCUAAGAUUCUACCGGCAACCUCAAUGCCUGGUUUACUAGAGAAACUGCAGGAAUCCAACAUCCUUCUUGAUACUAUCAUGAAAGGACUGAAUGCUUAUCUUGAAAAGAAACGCCUCUUUUUCCCAAGGUUCUUCUUCUUGUCCAAUGAUGAAAUGCUUGAGAUUCUUUCUGAGACCAAAGACCCACUUCGAGUGCAGCCUCAUCUCAAGAAGUGCUUUGAGGGAAUUUCCAAACUGGACUUCCUGCCAAAUUUGGAUAUCCAGGCGAUGUAUAGCAGUGAAGGGGAGCGUGUUGAGCUUAUCCAGCACAUCUCCACAUCAGAAGCCAAAGGGGCUGUAGAAAAGUGGUUAGUUCAGGUGGAGGAUGUGAUGCUUCGCAGUGUCAGGGAUGUGGUGGCUCGAUCUAGACUGGCCUAUGCUGAGACCCAGCGCAACCAGUGGGUCAAGGAGUGGCCUGGGCAGGUGGUUCUCUGCACUUCCCAGAUUUACUGGACCUUGGAAGUGCAUGAAGCCAUCAGAGCAGGGGCUGAUGGUUUGAAGAAUUACUACCAGCAGCUCCAGAAUCAGCUGAAUGACAUCGUGGAGCUUGUGAGAGGGAAACUGCCAAAACAAACGCGGAUCACUUUGGGAGCACUGGUCACAAUUGAUGUCCAUGCCAGAGAUGUUGUCAUGGAACUCAUUGAGAAAGGUGUAUCAAGUGAAACAGACUUCCAGUGGCUUGCCCAGCUCCGUUACUAUUGGAGCAAUGACAAUGUUCGCGUUCGCAUAAUCAACUGCGAUGUUAAAUAUGCCUACGAGUAUCUUGGGAACUCACCACGUCUGGUCAUCACUCCACUCACUGACAGAUGCUACCGAACUCUGAUCGGGGCUUUCUACCUGAACUUGGGUGGUGCCCCUGAGGGUCCAGCUGGAACCGGGAAAACCGAAACUACUAAGGAUCUGGCCAAAGCUCUUGCUGUGCAGUGUGUCGUCUUCAACUGUUCAGAUGGAUUGGAUUACCUUGCUAUGGGCAAAUUUUUCAAGGGUCUGGCGUCGUCUGGGGCCUGGGCAUGUUUUGAUGAGUUUAACCGUAUUGAGCUGGAGGUGCUGUCGGUAGUGGCCCAGCAGGUACUGUGCAUCCAGAGGGCCAUUGAACAGAAGUUGGAGUAUUUUGACUUUGAGGGUACCAUGCUCAAACUCAAUCCAAACUGCUUUGUAUCCAUAACAAUGAAUCCCGGUUAUGCAGGACGUUCAGAACUCCCAGAUAACCUCAAGGUGUUGUUUCGAACAGUUGCCAUGAUGGUCCCAAACUAUGCACUGAUAGCAGAAAUUUCCUUGUAUUCCUAUGGCUUCCUGAAUGCUAAACCACUGUCAGUAAAGAUUGUGAUGACCUACAGACUUUGUUCCGAGCAACUCUCAUCCCAGUUCCAUUACGAUUACGGCAUGAGGGCUGUCAAAGCUGUGCUUGUGGCUGCUGGAAACCUCAAACUCAAGUAUCCAGAUGAAAAUGAGGACAUGCUGCUCUUGAGGUCUAUAAAGGAUGUUAAUGAGCCAAAGUUUCUUUCCCAUGAUAUUCCACUGUUCAAUGGAAUAACCAGUGACCUGUUUCCAGGCAUCUCCCUCCCUGAGGCUGAUUAUCAGCUGUUCCUGGAGGCCACUGAAGUGUGCUGCAAAAACCACAAUGUACAGCCAACACAGGCAUUUGUUAAAAAAAUGAUCCAGACAUAUGAGAUGAUGAUCGUCAGGCAUGGGUUCAUGCUGGUGGGAGAGCCUUUUGCUGGGAAGACCAAAGUGCUGCAUGUUCUAGCAGACACUCUGACCCUCAUGAAUGAGCGAGGGUACGGUGAGGAGGAGAAGAUCAUCUUCAGGACAUUAAACCCGAAGUCCAUCACCAUGGGACAGCUCUUUGGACAGUUUGAUCUAGUUUCCCAUGAGUGGACAGAUGGAAUUGUGGCAAACACAUUUCGAGAGUUUGCAUCAACCGACUCACCCGAUCGUAAAUGGGUGGUGUUUGAUGGUCCUAUAGAUACUCUAUGGAUUGAAAGCAUGAACACAGUACUCGAUGACAACAAAAAGUUGUGUCUGAUGAGUGGUGAGAUCAUUCAGAUGUCUAAUCAGAUGAGUCUGAUUUUUGAAGCUAUGGACCUGUCCCAGGCCUCUCCUGCCACAGUCAGUAGAUGUGGUAUGAUCUACAUGGAACCAACUCAGUUAGGUUGGGAGCCCUUAGUGAUCUCCUGGAUGAACAGUCUUCCGGAUCCUUUGCAAAGCCCAGAUAGUCGUUCCCUGUUACUGGAACUCUUUCACUGGCUCCUGCCACCUUCCCUCAAAGUGCUUCGCAAACACUGCAGAGAAGUUGUUUCCACUAGCAACAGUAACACCGUGGUUUCCUUGUGCCGAUUGUUUGAGAUGCUGCUCACUGAACCUGUGAAGACAUUGGACCCUGGGGAUAAAAAUAUUCGUACUUGGAUCAUGGCAGCUUUUGCCUUCUCCCUGGUAUGGUCUGUGGGUGGCAGCUGUGAUGCGAGCAGCAGAGAGAAGUUUAGUGAAUUCCUCAGGGUAACUUUGGCAGGGAAGACAGAGGAACAUCUACUCCCUGAUGCUGUAGGGAGAUGGGAGUGUCCAAUGGAUGAAAAAGGCCUGGUGUAUGACUAUUUUUAUGAGUUUAAAGGCAAAGGCCACUGGGCUCACUGGAAUGAUGCCAUCAAGAAUAUCAGCCUGGGGGACAAAAACACCAAAGUGCAAGAGAUCAUAGUUCCCACCAUAGACACAGUUCGCUACACAUACCUCAUGGAUCUCUGCAUCACCUAUGAAAUGCCUUUGCUGUUUGUUGGUCCUACGGGCACUGGGAAGUCAGUGUAUGUGAAGGACAAGCUGAUGAACAACCUGGACAAAGACCGCUAUCGACCCUUCUUCAUCAAUUUUUCAGCUCGCACCAGCGCCAACCAAACCCAGAAUAUCAUUAUGUCCAGGUUAGAUAAAAGAAGGAAAGGGGUGUUUGGGCCCCCAAUGGGGAAGAAGUGCAUUAUCUUUGUAGAUGACCUGAAUAUGCCUGCUCUGGAGCAGUUUGGAGCACAGCCUCCUGUGGAGCUUCUUCGACAGUAUAUAGACCAUGGAAACUGGUAUGACUUAAAGGAUACAUCCAGGAUCACUCUUGUGGACCUUCAACUUAUUGCGGCUAUGGGCCCCCCUGGUGGCGGAAGGAAUGCUGUUACAUCUCGCUUCCUAAGACACUUCAACAUUUGUAGCAUUAAUGCCUUCAGUGAUGACACCAUGGUUCGCAUUUUCUCCAACAUUGUGGCCUUCUAUCUCAAAAACAAUGACUUCCCCCCUGAAUAUUUCACUAUUGGCAACCAAAUAGUGACAGCCACAAUGGAAGUAUAUAAGAAAGCCAUGGAGAACCUGCUUCCAACUCCAGCUAAAUCUCACUACACAUUCAAUCUACGCGACUUCUCACGGGUAAUCCAAGGCUGCCUGCUGCUGAAGAAAGAGUCUCUGGAGAACAAGUGCACAACAAUUCGCUUGUUUGUCCAUGAGGUUUUCCGUGUCUACUAUGACCGUCUGGUAGAUGACAAAGACAGAGCAUGGCUGUAUCAGCUGAUGAGCAGCAUCCUCAAAGACCAUUUCAGAGAGUCUUUUGAUCAGGUGUUUGACCAUCUGAAAAAUGGUGAUAAACUGGUUGAAGAAGACAUGCGGGAUCUUCUGUUUGGUGACUACAUGAACCCUGAUUUGGAGGAUGAUGAGCGGCUGUAUGCUGAAGUGCCCUCAGUGGAAAGCUUCUCUGAAGUGGUGUCAUCUUGUCUUGAAGAAUACAACCAGAUGCACAAGAAUCGCAUGAACCUUGUAAUCUUCCGCUACGUCCUAGAGCACCUCUCCCGUAUUAGCCGUGUGUUGAAGCAGCCAGGAGGCAAUGCCCUAUUGGUGGGAGUGGGUGGCAGUGGACGCCAAUCCAUCACCCGUCUGGCUACAUCCAUGGCCCACAUGACCAUUUUCCAGCCAGAGAUCUCAAAGAACUAUGGCAUGACUGAGUGGCGAGAUGAUGUGAAGAUGCUGCUCAAAAAUGCGGGGGUGAAAGGUCAGAAGACGGUGUUCUUGUUAACUGAUUCUCAGAUCAAAGAUGAAGCUUUUCUAGAAGAUGUGGACAGUGUCUUGAAUACAGGAGAGGUCCCCAAUCUGUUUGCUGUGGAUGAAAAGCAAGAGAUCAUGGAAGCAGUACGUCCCAUUGCUCAGGCUGGCAAUAAGCAUUUGGAGUUGAGUCCUUUGACUCUGUUUGCGUUCUUUGUUGCACGUUGCAGAGAAAACCUGCAUAUUGUCGUGGCCUUUAGUCCCAUUGGAGAUGCCUUUCGAAAUCGUCUGCGGCAGUUUCCAUCUCUCAUCAACUGCUGUACCAUUGAUUGGUUCCAGCCAUGGCCAGAAGAGGCUCUUGAGCGGGUAGCCAUUUCAUUCCUGGAAACUCUGGAGAUGAGUGAAACUGAGAGGAUGGAGGUCAUACCCAUCUGCAAAACAUUUCAUACCUCUGCUAAACAGCUCUCGCAGAGAUUUCUUUCAGAGCUAGGUCGUCAUAAUUAUGUGACGCCGACAUCCUAUCUGGAGUUGAUUGCAGCAUUUCGUCUGCUCCUCACUCAGAAAAGAGACACUGUAAUGAAGGCAAAACAGAGGUAUACCAACGGGCUUGAUAAAUUAGCCUUUGCUGAAUCACAGGUGGGUGAGAUGAAGAAGGAGCUGGUAGACCUAAAACCAAAACUGGAACAGGCAAAGAUAGACAAUACCAAAAUGAUGGAGGUGAUUGAAGUGGAGACUCUUGAGGUCGAAGCUAAAAGUAAAGUUGUACGUGUUGAUGAAGAGGCAGCGACUGUAAAGGCUAAUGAGGCCCAGGCUCUGAAGAAUGAGUGUGAAAGUGACUUGGCUAAAGCCAUCCCAGCCCUGGAGGCUGCUCUGUCAGCCUUAGACACUUUGAAGCCUUCGGAUAUCACAAUUGUCAAGUCAAUGAAAAAUCCUCCAUCAGGUGUGAAGUUAGUAAUGUCCGCUGUGUGUGUAAUGAAGGAUAUAAAGCCGGAUAAAAUAGCUGAUCCAGCUGGAACUGGAAAAAAGAUUCUUGACUACUGGGGUCCAAGCAAGAAGCUACUGGGUGACAUGAACUUCUUACGUGAUCUUAAAGAAUAUGACAAAGACAAUAUUCCUGUCUCUGUGAUGCAAAAAAUCCGUAGUCAGUACAUGACAAAUCCUGACUUUGACCCCAGUGUGGUGGCCAAGGCUUCCUCUGCAGCAGAGGGCCUGUGCAAAUGGAUCCAAGCAAUGGACAUGUAUGAUGGGGUGGCAAAGGUUGUGGCUCCGAAGAAGGCCAAUCUUGCAGAGGCACAGGAGUCCCUUGCUGCUACCAUGGCCCUGCUGGACCAAAAGAGAGGUGAACUAAAAGAGGUUGAGGAUCGUUUGGCAGCCCUUCAAAGCACAUUUGAGGAGAAAACAGAGGAAAAAGCCCAGUUGGAGCUCCAGGUGGAUUUGUGUGCAAGAAAGUUGGAAAGGGCUGAAAAACUUAUUGGCGGACUUGGGGGAGAGAAGACCAGGUGGCGCAAGGCAGCAGAUGACCUCCAGAAUACAUAUGACAACCUGACUGGGGAUGUUCUCAUCUCUGCUGGUGUCAUUGCCUACCUGGGGGCUUUCACUGCUGGCUUCAGACAAGAGUGUACGAAGAUGUGGACCAAACUCUGCCAAUCAAGGAACAUUCCAUCAUCAGAUGAAUUCUCCCUCAGUAAAACUCUGGGAGAUCCUAUUAAGAUCAGGGCAUGGAACAUUGCUGGCCUUCCCAGUGACUCUUUCUCGAUCGACAAUGGUGUGAUUGUCAGUAAUUCACGUAGAUGGCCUUUGAUGAUUGACCCUCAGGGCCAGGCCAACAAGUGGGUGAAGAAUUCAGAAAAAGAUAGCAACCUGAGUAUCAUCAAGCUGACAGACAAUGACUACAUGAGAACUUUAGAAAACUGUAUUCAGUUUGGAACACCCCUGCUACUAGAGAAUGUCGGGGAAGAGCUGGACCCUUCUUUAGAACCACUGUUGCUUAAACAAAUCUUCAAACAAGGUGGUGUGGAUUGCAUCAGACUUGGAGAGAGUGUAGUUGAGUACUCUGCUGAUUUCCGUUUCUACAUCACCACUAAGCUAAGAAACCCUCAUUACCUACCAGAGCUGGCCACCAAGGUGUCCUUGCUUAAUUUCAUGAUAACCCCAGAAGGCUUGGAAGACCAGCUGCUGGGCAUUGUUGUUGCCAAGGAGAGGCCAGAGCUGGAAGAGGAGAGGAAUGCACUAAUCCUUCAGUCAGCGGCCAAUAAAAGACAGCUCAAAGAAAUUGAAGACAAGAUCCUGGAGACACUGCAAUCCUCUGAGGGAAAUAUCCUGGAGGAUGAAAGUGCCAUUCAGAUUCUAGAUUCAGCCAAGAUCAUGUCAAAUGAAAUUACAAAAAAACAACAGAUUGCAGAAAAGACAGAGAUCAAAAUUGCAGAAUCUAGAGAAGGCUACAGGCCCAUUGCCAAGCAUUCUUCUAUCUUGUUCUUCAGCAUCGCUGACCUUACAAACAUAGACCCUAUGUACCAGUAUUCUCUCAUCUGGUUUGUCAACCUCUACAUUAACUCUAUCCAUGACAGCAAUAAGUCCAAGAUCCUGGAGAGGAGACUUCGAUUCCUAAUUGAUCACUUCACCUAUAACUUGUACUCAAACAUCUGUCGAUCCUUGUUUGAGAAAGACAAACUUCUUUUUUCCUUCCUCCUCUGCUGCAAUCUACUUCUGGCGAAAAGGGAGAUUGAAUACUCUGAAUUCAUGUUCUUGCUGACUGGAGGAGUGGGCCUGCAUAACACCAUUGCUAACCCUGACCCUGCAUGGCUACAGGACAAGAGCUGGGAUGAGAUCUGUAGGGCCAGUGACCUACCUGGCUUACAAGGACUAAAAGAUGCUUUCAUCAAAACCCCAGGAGACUUCAAACCUAUAUAUGACAGCAAAGAGCCAUGCAACACUCCUCUGCCUAAACCGUGGUGUGAACAAUUCAAUGAACUGCAGAAGAUGAUCAUUAUUCGCUGCCUCAGGCCUGAUAAGAUACUGCCUGCUGUAACCAAAUAUGUGACUGACAAACUUGGAAAAAAAUUUGUACAGCCACCUCCAUUUGACCUGAGCAAGAGCUACACAGACUCCAACUGCACCAUCCCACUUGUGUUUGUGCUGUCUCCAGGAGCUGAUCCCAUGGCGAGUUUGCUGAAAUUUGCCAGUGAUAAGAAAAUGGCUGGUGCCAAAUUCCAGUCCAUCUCUUUGGGGCAGGGCCAAGGACCCAUAGCUGCAAAAAUGAUAUCCACAGCUAUGCAGGAUGGGACAUGGGUGUGUCUGCAGAACUGUCACCUGGCUGUUUCCUGGAUGUCCACCUUAGACAAAAUUUGUGAAGACUUCAGUCCAACGUCCUGCCAUCCAGACUUCCGACUUUGGCUCACCAGCUACCCUUCAUCCAAGUUCCCAGUGACCAUCCUGCAGAAUGGGGUUAAAAUGACAAAUGAGCCUCCUACAGGACUGCGACUAAACCUACUACAGUCUUACUUGUCAGAUCCUAUUUCUGAUUCAAAGUUCUUUAAUAAUUGUCUCAAUAAGGAGCUGAUUUGGGAGAAGCUCUUGUAUGGACUGUGCUUCUUCCAUGCUCUUGUACAAGAGAGAAAGAAGUUUGGCCCACUGGGUUGGAAUAUUCCCUAUGGCUUUAAUGAAUCAGACCUACGUAUAAGCAUCAGACAACUACAGCUAUUUGUGAAUGAAUAUGAUGAGGUUCCCUUUGAGGCCAUAACUUACCUGACUGGUGAGUGUAACUAUGGUGGCCGUGUGACAGAUGACUGGGAUAGGCGCCUGCUCAUGACCAUUCUGGCUGAUUUUUACAACAAGGACGUCAUUGAGAAACCUCAAUACCCCUUCUCACCUAAUGGUGAUUACUGCGCCCCACCUAAAUCUAGCUAUGGGGACUACAUUGAAUUCAUCAAGGAACUCCCAUUCAGCCAACACCCGGAGGUGUUUGGAAUGCAUGAAAAUGUUGACAUUUCAAAAGAUCUGCAGCAGACCAAGAUGCUGUUUGAUUCACUGCUGCUUACUCAGGGAGGGGGAGCCAAGGGUGGGACUAGCUCUGGAAGUGACAACACCCUUUACGAUAUAGCGAAUGACAUCCUUACUAAGCUUCCAACUAAUUUUGACACAGAAGUAGCCCUGCAGAAGUUCCCAGUGCUCUACGAAGAGAGUAUGAACACUGUGCUCGUCCAGGAGAUGGAGCGUUACAACACGCUGUGUAGCACAAUCCGUGUCAGCCUACAGAACCUGUUGAAGGCCAUCAAGGGGUUAGUGGUGAUGGAUGCAGAGUUGGAGGCAAUCGCAGGCAGUUUAAUUGUGGGAAAGGUCCCAGAAAAGUGGGCCAAGCGCUCUUACCCCAGCCUCAAGCCCCUGGGCAGCUACAUUACUGACUUUCUCUCAAGGCUCAACUUUUUGCAGAAGUGGUACGACACCAGUAAGCCCAAUGUGUUCUGGCUGUCCGGCUUCUUCUUCACCCAAGCCUUCCUCACUGGUGCGAUGCAGAACUACGCCAGGAAGUAUCAAAUCCCCAUUGAUCUGCUAGGCUUUGACUUUGAGGUUCUCCCCAUUGAUGAGUCAGACACAACACCAGAAGAUGGUGUGUAUGUUAAUGGGUUAUUUCUGGAUGGAGCAAGAUGGGACAGAGAAAGAGGAAAUCUGACUGAACAGCACACUAAAGUCCUUUUUGAUGUGAUGCCAAUUAUCUGGAUCAAACCUACUCAAAAGAAGGGCAUCAGUCAGCCUCAAAAAAUCUAUGUUUGCCCUCUCUACAAGACCAGUGAGAGGAAAGGCACCCUCUCAACCACAGGCCACUCCACAAAUUUUGUUAUUUCUUUGAUGCUGCCUACUAGUAAGCGCCCUCAACACUGGAUCAAACGUGGUGUGGCCUUGCUCUGUCAGCUUGAUGACUAAAAACACACCAUAAAGCUCAGAAGCACUU